AUGCGCUCGCGUCGACUGACACUGUUCAUGUCGUGCAAUGGCACAAGGUCGUCCGCCGUCAUCUCCGCAUCCCUGGAUGUGGUACUGCCCAGCUCCGAUGAGAGCGGCGCCAGCAGUUUGCCCGACUGGCUGAAGAGCUUUGCAGAGCGCCAAGUGGACAAUUGCCCUGCCGCUGCUUCUUCCGAGAUUGCCUUGUGGUCCACGGGAGAUGCACCACGGAUCCUACAGAGGCUAGCAUCAGCAGCACGGACGCAGCCGACAGCCCGUGGCCAGGUCUCCGUCUUCCCGACGAGUGCGCUGAAUGAAAUAGAGAACAUGGCGCAGCUGUUCACGGGUCUCCCAGAAGACAGAAUCAUGAGCAAAGGCUUGCGUGUCAUGCGCGAUAUGCUCUCACAGGAAGGCCGCAGCGAGCGAACACAUGGCCGCUAUUUACUUCGCUUCAGCAACCAUGGACACGGUCGCCACAUCCGUUUCCUGGACCAACUCCCGUUCUUCAUCAGGCCUCUUUGGCACACCAUCCGGGCCGUUUGGAGAAGCGAGAACUCCGAUGAGGUUUUGGAGCUGGCCGGAGCGGAUGCCUUCAGACGCCUCGCGCUGACGUUCACUGCAUCUGAUGGCAUGCGCUCGCCCACGGACCUCUCUCUGACCGUGGACCUGGCUUCUGGCAGCUCUGUGAGCAUCUUCCUGGAUGUCCUGAAGAACUUCAUCACCUUCCGCGAGUUCUCCUAUGCUUGUGAGAAGGGCUUUGACGUUGGUGGCGCUGUUUGGCUGGAUGCGGAUCUGGACGUCGUUGGUACAGGGGCCGUGGGGGCCGACUUCAUAACACCCUUGGGGCCGGCCCUCAGCCAAGACCGACAAGCACGAGAUGGGAACUGGAGGCUUCAUUUCACAGAGGGCAUGCUCGUGAUGGUGCCGAUGCCUGACUUCAGCAUGCCCUUCAACGUCAUCGCCCUCUCGUCAACUGCCGUGACCUUCUUCUUUGGCUCCAUCUUCCGGAUAACGGCUGCGGGCCGGCAGGCGCACUGGUGCACGGAGAGUGGCAGCAAGAAGCGUGCGCUCCAUCCCAUGCAGGUGCUGGUCCUGAUCAUCAUUGCGGGGGCCAUGGCCCUGAACGCAGUGACGCCGGAGCAGCUUGCGCAGUUCAGGGCUGUGAUGCCGGAGGCUGGCGGCUAUGGGCCUGAGUUUUACGAGUAUGUGGUCAUGGCCAAGGACAAAGUGGACAGCAUCCUCUCCAAGAGGUAG